AUGCUCAAUAUUACUCAAUCUCGGGGUGGUCAAUCCCCAAAAGAUAAUGCAAAUUCCCAUGUAAAAUGCCACGAUCGCGGCGACAAGUUUCGGCAAGAUUCUCGGAAACGCAAUGCAAGUGUGGGCGUUUCAAAUGGAUUCAAUACGUGUAGGAAUGAGAAACUCUAUAAAGUCUUACGGGAAAGCAGAAUAUCUCAUACCAACAAUGAAGAUACUUACUUUAUACCUUUCGACAAGCUUGACCUGGCUAGGAACCCCAGGCUUGUUGAACAAGCUCUCCGAGAAGAUGAUGCUUCUCGAGACGAAAUAUUAAAAUGGGUGGAUAAAAUCUGUACAAAUCAACCCGAAGGAAGUGAAGGUCUCUUCUUUCGGACAUUUGCCAUCCUGGUACUAUGCGAGAACGCUAGGUGCAUCGGCAGGUUUAUCGACCAGCAUAUCGACGACUCUUAUCUCCCUUUACCAAAAGUAGAGCGAAAUGAAAAUGGGAUAACGAUUUUACGAGAAAAUAAUGGCCGUAAAAUUAGUGAGGAGACGUUGAAGUACCUCUUCCAAGACCGGAAAGAAUGGAAGCAAGGAAACUUGGACAAUUUUGCAGCCUACCAAUGGUGGGCUAUUGCACCAUUCUUUUACCGACCGGAGAAUAUUAUCCCUCACUACAUCUUAGAAGCCUCGGACGUCUUGCCAUUCACGGAAAAAACGAAUCAUGUCGAGGUUGAGGUGGAAUCACUGGACCCAGAUGUUAAAGAGGUCGUUUUACAAGGGGGGUUCGGCGAUGUUUUUCUAGUGAAGAUACAUCCUUCACAUUACCACUUUUGCAACCAGCCAUACAUCGACGGUUCACAUUCGUUCGCUCUUAAGCGCCUGAAAUCGUUAAAUUAUAAUGAUUUCAAACUGGAGGUUGAUGCUCUUAGCAAAUACAACUACGGCAUUGACAAACAUCUAAUCCCACUACUCGCUACGAUUGAGAAGGAGAGUGAAGCUGGAAAAUACUACCUACUAUUUCCAAAGGCCAAUGGCGAUCUUAGGUAUUUCUGGAAGACCCAACUCAACAAGAAUCCUGACAGAAUAUCCAUAGUGCGCUGGAUGGCUGAACAGUGCCUUGGAAUUGCGAAAGCACUUUCGAUGCUACAUAAAGAUCAAGACACAGAUAGGGGGGAAGAUUAUCCCAUAUACGGGCGCCAUGGAGACAUAAAAGCCGGCAAUAUUCUUUGGUUUUCCAAGCCGGGUAUCGCAGGCCCUUCAGGAUGGCGGUUAGUUCUCUCCGACUUUGGCUUAAUGAGAUUCCACCGCGCUAUAUCGAUUUCAGCUCAGACCGCCAGCAAACUUAAAAAGACCUUAACAUAUCAAGCACCGGAGUUUGAUAUUAAGGGCGAAAAGAUAUCUAGAAAAUCCGAUAUAUGGGCUCUCGGAUGUACAUACUUGGAAUUUAUCACUUGUUACCUUUUGGGGUACGAGGCUGUGGAAGAGGAAUUCCCAAGUUGCCGAGGAGAAGACGAUAAGAAUCUCCCAGGGGUCAGCGAAGACAAAUUUUACCGAACAACGGCCGAUGGAAAGUCGGCUGAACUGAAGCCUGGUGUUCGGAAUUGGAUCUCUGACCUUCGCAAUAACCCACAGUGCACCCAGUACUUCCACGAGUUUCUUGAUUUGAUUGAGGGGGGUAUGCUACGUAUUGGGCGGGAUAGGCGUCUGCCAGCAGCUGAAGUCGCCAAGAAACUAGAGGGUCUCUUCAAUAAGUGUCAAAGGGAGAGUUAUAUCGUCGAACAGCAUGUCCCGCGGGGGGAGACGAUGAUGAUAUCGCAAAAACGACGCCGUAAUUGCUAA